GGUUCUCUUCAUGUUGCUUUGGGUGGAUCCAGGGACACCCGUAGCUGCAAAUUGAUGAGCCUUGACUCGCCUUCUACACCUCGCCCUGUCAGUUCAUAGAGGAGCCAUCCCGUCGUAUCAACUACCCCUUCCUGUUUUUGUUUUCUUUUGAACGAUUCUUACUGUUUGCCGACGCCAAUUGUGCGAGACACCCAGCCAACAGUCAGCCCCAGCUGGUGCUCCCGAAGCCGCAUAUCUACAAGCUCCGCGUCGGUUUUGAACUGCAUCUCGAUUCUGUCUCGCAUCAAAGGCGGAUCAAUCUGCCUGCCGCUUCCCCGAUCAUCACCAGAAGCCACCGAGACUCUGAACAAAGACGUCAGUCAAUACGACUUGGAUCGACGACAACUUACCAAACUAUACUGGCAACGGCGACAAUCAAGAUCAAUUGACUCUCUAUCGGCUCGCCCCUUCUUGGCAACAGAGGCAGAAAUAACCAUCGUGGAUGCCCAUCCUCCAUUUUUAAAGCGCCCCUUUCCUCUCACGCCCAUUCCCAUUCCCUUGCCAACCGAGGGUUUGGGCUGGGUUAGAGCGAAAUACUCAAGGGCCGCUUGACUUGUCAUUGUUGUCUUUGUCAACAUUUUUUUAAUAUAUCCUGCCUACCAACUACGACGGCAUCUGCUGUCGUCCCAUCGCUCCUUUCGUGUCUGGCCACCUACCCUUCUUGGCCGAUAUUCACACGCCUGAUCUGGUCCGACCUUAACCUUUUUUCAGUGUCCUGUUACCAACCAGUCCUCCUCUUGGCUUCUGAUUGUUUUCUUGGACAAAUAUCUUCAUUUCGCCUCGAUUGUUUACCUUGGCCCAAGCCUUUGCAACCUCGUCCACAUCAAAUAAAUCAUCGCUCAGAUAUUCGUCACGAGCGAAAGGAACGGUGGCAUACAGUCACUUACACACACCAGUCGAAACGAUGACGUUGGACAACACAACCGAGAAAGGCGGCCUCGCCCCUCCCAAGGCUGCCAUCACCAGUGAAACCACCAAGAUACUUGAGAAGGUUUCAACUGACACGCUGUCCCCGGAGAGCAUAGCAAUGGGAGGCCGCGGCGGUCGCAACGGGGGCAGUUCUGGCCUGUCAACGCCGACCAGCGUGACGGGGGCAGCUCUGAACCCAUUCGACACGGAUAUUGAGGCGCAGUCCAAGAUGCACACCACCGACACACGAGAGCAGACGAGACACUUUCUCGGGCGCUCGUCGACGAAUCUGGCACGUGGUGAGAGCCACGCCGCCGGCUCCAACGAUGACUGCCAGGUGUGGCCUGGUCAGGCUCACUGGAAGAGGAAGCACAAGGCGGCCAAGCGCAAGAACAGGAACUGCAACUGCCUGGCGAACCUCAGCUGCCGGAACCGGAUGAUUGUUAAGAUCUUCAUCGGUCUGUUCAUUAUUGCUACAGCAGUCGGUGUUGGCUUCGGCAUCAGCAAACCGCUGGGUGCGCCGAUCUGGAAGCCUAGCAACCAAUAGUGAAGGUACCUGACUGGUACUGCAUCGGUUGGGGCUCGAUCAUCUGUCAUUUCCCAGAAUUGUCGACGUUUAUGUCUUUUUGUCUCGAUUUUUUUUCUGGUCCUGGCAGCUGCUCUGUUUCCCCCGGAACCAGAGGGCUUUGUUUUACCAUCGAAAGGUGGAAGCUUUACAAAGCAAAGACGGGCUGUAAUGCUACCCCAAGCACCUCUCAACUACUACAGUCUUUCUUCUGUGGAGGACGGCUUACAAGCGACCCUCGACCGGCGAUGCAAACAACUGCUCAGGGCUUCCCUUACCAUGAUACCCCUAUUCAGUUUAUUUGUUCAGCAUUUCUUUCUUGGCGACCCUGUUUUCUUGGCAGGAAGCUUAUUCUCUGAGAUAUAGUUUCGAUAUACAUAUCAGACGACUUGCGGCGACGGGGAAGUUACAAAAUACGCAUUGUCGGAGUUCUUUCUUUUUCGUUAGAUGGAGUCCAAACAGGAUAUGGGAUUUUUUUUCUCCAUGUUCGUUCUCCUUUUUGUUUUUUUGCUUUUUUUUUGUGCUUUUUUUCGGGCCAGGCAAGGAGUUGCGUUGUCUUUGCAUUACUGGGACUAUACAGAACCGGCGCUAUGGAGUCGCUGGUUUAUUCUUCUCCUUUUCUGGAUCAUCACUCGGUACCUCGCCUAUGACAGGUCUGGUAUCUCAAAUCUCUUGCUUUUGGCAACAUAAAAUAUUCACACAUUUCUGCCGUUAUAACCAAGGUCCCUUUUUGAUCCCG